AUGAAAGCUAUUAUUAAAAUUAAUUUAUACAGAAGAAAUAUAGUUUGUAGUACAUUUCUUUACUUAAGUUUAAUUAUAGUUAGUUUAUCAGUACUAACAAGAGGUUACUUAAGAAAGCCAAAUAAAAUUGAAAAGCCAAAUAAAAUUGCACAAAAUUUUGAUAGUGAUUGUAUUUAAAGAUCAAUUCAAACUACAAUAUAGCUGUUAUAUAUGGUCUAGGUUUAGAAGAUUAUUCAAAUGCUUAAAUUGUUAAUUCUAUAAAAGAAUAUAAAUAUAAUUUCUUAUGUGGAAAAUGAUGUCUUACAUGUGAUUCCUAAUUAUUAUCUUUUGCAUUAAAAUACUUCAAUAACUGAUUGUAAAAAUAAACUAAAGUUUUUUAUCCAACUAAAAUGUUUAGUCAUAAUUAAUCAUUCAAAUAUUAAGAAAAUCUUUGUAUGCUUAUUUCAUUAGAAUAUUAUUCAAUAAUAAAAAAUUUCUCUUUAGUAUUAAUUUUAGGAAUGA